AUGAUGGUCAGUCUCACAGAGAUACUAGGUUCAGAGCCUGUCUUGGAUCCUGAAGAAGAGGCUUUCAUCAUCUUCUCGCAAGCCAUACCCUCUCAGUCGCUCGGCUUCAUCGAUUCCCAGGCUGCAACAUUGGAAGUCAGCGUGGCGGGUCAUGAUCUAGUAAUCCAUCAAUCGAGGGGGCUUCUGACUUCGGAUCGCAAGGCAGGAACCACAGGCGCAGUAGUAUGGAAAGUAACCCCCCUCUUCUCCACCUGGAUCUCCUCGCCCCAAAACUUCCUCUUCACCUCCUCCCUCCUCGCCCCCCAAUCCACCAUCCUCGAGCUCGGCGCCGGCGUCUCCGGCAUCGUCGCCCUCUCCCUCGCCCCAAAAGUCCACCGCUACACAGCCACAGACCAAGCCUACGUGCUCAAGCUACUCCGUCAGAACAUUGUCGAAAACUUGGAUACCGUGUUUCCUUCCCCGCAACGUAAGGGCAAGGGGAACGGUAAGGCGGGUAAAAAGUCCAAUGGGAAGACUAGUGCAGAAGACCGUAUCCUUGUUCAAGAAUUGGAUUGGGAAACAGAUGCCGUAUCUAAUCUCUCACCCGUCGACUUAGUCAUAGCAUGCGAUUGCAUAUACAACGAGGCGCUCAUCGAACCGCUGAAUAGCACGUGUGCUGCCUUGUGUAAACUACGCGAGAACAACAACAACAACAACAACAACAAGGACGAAGAAGAGGGUGGUGGUGGUGAUCAGAAACCUACACUCUGUCUUAUAGCGCAGCAGCUACGUAGUCCAGAUGUUUUUGAAGCGUGGCUGAGGAGUUUUCAUGCAAAGUUUUGGGUUUGGAGGGUUCCGGAUGGGUUGCUGAGUGAGGGGUUGAGGGAGGGGAGUGGGUUUGUGGUUCAUGUUGGGGUUGUGAGGUGA